AUGCGGUCGGAUAAGCUCCAUAUUAGUGUUUAUAUUCGACAAAUAUCUUCCGCCAUUAUUCUUUGUCUCGUCGCCUCCUUUUAUUUUUUAUGGUUCUAUGUUUAUCGUCGAUUUUAUUCAUCAUUAAGAAAUUCAGAAUUAUGGACAAUCACAAGAUCAUCUCUAUUACUCACUAUUAACAGUUUACUAUCAUUAAUUGUCGCUAUUUAUCUUGUCAUAUUUUCCGCACCAUCAAUGUGGAAUGUACUAAUUAAAGAUGAACUAUGGUUCUAUUGUUUUCAUUUGGGACCUACGGUUUUUGCUCAAUUAAUGUGGACAGCAAAUCAUCCCGCACGAAGUUUACCAAAACAAAAAAUAAUUGAUAAAGAUAUUAGUCAUACGUUGGAUAUAAGUAAUGCUCUGAUAGAAAUAUAA